UUUAUGAUGUGCCUAACCAUCUGUUUCAUUUGUUAAAUAAGUCUGAAAAGAAUGUUUCUAAAUUUGCUCUAAAAUUGAAUUGCAGGCUUUGUCUCCACUGUACUAUACCUGGACUACGGAUCAACUGUAGUGAUAUCUUCAUUCCCAACAUACCUACAUUUGAAAUUCAAAUAUAUUCUGCUGGACUAACACAGGAAAUUUAGGUGUUGUUCACAACUUAUACCAUUUUUACUAGGCAUACUUGUUCCAAACCAUUGGUCAAAAGUUUGAGUUUCAGUCAGGUCAUAGCAAAGAUUCCUUUAAAGUCAAUUAAAGACCAAUUUAGAGUGUGUAAAAAUUAAUCUAAAUUACAUUAGUAUUUUAAUUUAUCCAACUAAAGAGAAUUUUUAUUCAGGCCAUUUUGAAGUUGAUAAGAAAAGUGGUAAACUAAGCACUUUCUCUUUAGAAAUUGAUUUAUCAUUUGAUUAUUUGACAGGUAUAUAUAUUUCAUGUUAUGUCAAAAGCCCAUUGAUGAACCUAUCAGCAAAUGACAUUAGUACAAAAUCAAUAAAAUUUAAUAUCCUUAUCAAUAGAUUGACUUUGAUAGAGUAUUGUAAAAUCCUUCGGCAAAUACAAAUAUUUCAUUGCAUUAUUCAACAAUAGCGUAUCAAUAGCUAUUUAUAUCUAUGUAUUUACACAAAAGGUGGCUGUUUCUGUAUAUCUAUUCAGGCCAGAUUGAAUUUUUUUAUAGAUCGAGGCAAUGAAACAAAAAUAUUGAUUUGCGAAUUUUAAAAAAAAUCUUGGUGCUGAGUUUAGAUCUCGAUAAAACUCGGGUUGAUCAGAUAAUCUUUUGUUAAUAUCUCAAUACUGUAUGAAUUAUUGUAUGUGUUAUUGUGCGUUAUCAAUUCUUAUUAUUCAUAUGGGUUAGAUAAUAGAGUUUAUAUAUUGCUCAAGCUAUCGGCAGGUCAGACUUUGACAAAAUGAUCUUUAUGCUUGCUGAACUUAAUCUUUUAAUUCUAUUUUGGCAUUAGAUUUGAUACAGGGUUCUAUGAUUAAACACUCUAAUUAUUUUGUGUUUGUGAAAUGGAAUAAAAAUAUUUUUGUAUUGGAGAUUAAAUUUUUUUUCUGAAAGAAAUUUUUUUAAAAUCUCAGCUUUUUACAUUGUAUAUGAAGCAUUAAAAUAAGCUUUCAUAGAGGUUUUAGAACAGUUGAUGAAAACAAAUGGUCUUUAAAUGUACGUGUCAAAGUAACUCAAGCGAAUAUGUAAAGAAAAUUCAUUCUGCUUCAAAAGUUGUCUUAUGAGAAAUGUUGGAAGUAGAAUUUAUAUGUCAUAAAGCAUAAUGUAACAUAAUUCUGGUAUUGUAGAAGACAAAGUUUCAUUAUCUUGGAUAAUAGUUACAAGAAACACAAAGAAUCUGUGGAAAUAUUUUUAUUGAUGUAAAGAGACUUCAAACAUAAGAUCAUGGCAUCUUUAGUUUCUACGAUUGGAGAUUUGCUCCUGUGUCCAGUGUGUAAGGAAAUUUUACGGCAACCUCGUACGUUACCAUGUCAACAUAGUCUUUGUCACGACUGCCUGAAGAAUCUCAUUGCAAAUAUUGACCGUCUGGAACAAAGUCAUGGCGACUUUCCAUGCCCCGUAUGCCGAAGUGUCACAAAACUGCCAAAGGCAAGCAGUAUCGAGAUUCAGGUUGUCGCGUUCCCGAUUAAUCGUUUGGUGCUAUCUAUGAUGGACGCAAUUACACAACACAAUGAUGACUGGCCAAAAUGCAAACUGCAUCCAGAUAAGUCAGCGGACCUUGUCUGCGUCACACAUGAUAUUCUUGUCUGCAGCAAAUGUAUUCUCACCAACCACAGGCACUGCCGCGUCCUCGAUAUGAACGAUUACGUUAAAAGUACAUACUACACAGCUAAAUGUGGCGACAUUAAUGAAAACUUAAAGCGCUACAAAAAUCAUCUUGGAGUCGUUAUAGAUGAAAUUUCAAGCAAAAUUGAAAGUGUCUCUAAAGACGAAGAAUCUCUAAUGGAUGAAAUAAGAAGCUUAAGAGAUACCUUUAACGCUGCUUUUGAUUCAUUGGAAGAAAGGAUUUUAAGUAAAGGGGCUGCUUACAAGAAACAAGGAAUUUCCUGUCUGCAGAAACAAAGGACCAUGCUUGAAGAACUGAUAGCUGAUGUACAGACAUCAUUAGCUGAGAUAGACGAUGCUAGAACUUCGGAUAUACCAUCUAAACGUCUCUUAGCACUGCGUACAGCUGAAGCCAAUCUGAAGAUGGUUGAUAUGGAAAUGGGAAAUAUUUCACUGCCAGUUACAAACUUCAAACUACAGGUCAGUGCUAAGAUGGAGGCAUGUGUGGUCAUGCUCAAAGAUGCUGUUGACGUUGUGUCGGAGGAGAACAGUUUUGAUAUCCCACCACUUCCUCCACCAAUUGUAACAAUCCCUUCCACACCCAAAAAGGGAGGUAAGCCACCAAAACGGACUCCGACUGAGAUGUGUGCUGUCAAGGUUAGCUCAUUUGGUGUUAGAAUGCACAACGACAAAAGUCCCUGUGAUAUAACUGGUUCAACGAUAAUGCCUGAUGGGAGGUUGGUUCUUGUUGAUUAUAACAAUAAGAAACUCAAGGUUCUCGAUAGAGAUUUCAAACUGAUGUCCGAUUUCAAAACAGAUGGUGCAUCAUUUGACACAGCUACGUUAUCACAAAACCAAGUUGCUGUAACUGUACCAAAGGAAAAGAAAAUUCAUUUCCUAAGCCUUCAAGAUGGUAUGAAAAUGGCAGACAGCAUACAGACAAGGCUUGAAUGCUGGGGACUGGAUUAUGUGGAUGAUAAACUGGUUACGGUUACUAAUAGCGAUGAUCAUAUGAUCCUGUUCUAUAACAAGAAAGGGACAGAACUCAUUUCUUGUAGCUUAGGCUCUCAAGAUCCCAACAUGAAAUGGCCUAUAUCUGUUUGUGUUGACACAAAGGACAAAAUUUACGUCUGCUGCCAAGGUGAAGGUGAAUCGGAUGAUAUAAAUGGUUGCCUGGUGAUUAUCGAUUCUGCUGCUCAGGUACGAAGUAUGUACAUGGAUCCCGGCUUAAGAAAACCUACCAGCUGCACAAGAGAUGAGGAAGGCAACAUUUUCUUGUGUGGUCUAACUUCAGCAAAUGUUCAUCAGAUUCAGCGAUCUGGUGACCGGCUCGGGCAGGUAAUUUCUGGUCUAAGUAAACCAAUACAUGUCAAGUUCUGCUGGGAUACAGGCAGUUUACUGGUGAUGGAGAGAUUCUGUAAUGAUGUCAGUGUGUACCAGAUGCAAGAGUAACAGAAAGCAUUUUAAAAAUCAUCUGAAAAUUUAUCAUUGAAUCUCUGAAUGGUGCUUGUAGUGGAGCGGAGCUUACUGUAAGUGUAUUAAUAUUAGCGGAGUACUAAUUUUCACGCUAUUAGCGGGAUCAGACAUUCGCUAAUUCAUGUCUAGCGCUAAUAUUAGACUGAAAUGAAAGGCUUUCCUAAUAAAAAAGUAACAUUUAUCGUAUUGAAAAUACCGUAAUUACAAUGCAACAGAACACAGAUAAAUACAUAUUUAUUGUGUAAAUAUGACAAUAACUGCAUUCCUAACUAAUAUUCUGCAGAAAGUUUUGAAUAGAAUAAUUAAACCUGUUUGAACAUUAGUGCAAAAGUCAUCUAUUUUUGUAAAUUUAGUUUAAUUUUUUUUAUCCUUGCCAUUGUCCGUAAACAUCAUGUAUAACACCUUCCGAGUAGAUCGCCAGUUUGUAUGGUCUUGCUAAUUACGAGUGUCACCAUAACAUUUUACUGCUUUGAAGACCAAGAAUGAAUUUGAAAACAAACAAUUAUCACCAUUCUGCACUGUAUACAUGUACAAAUUUACAGUAUACAGAUUAACACUGAUCUAAACGAAUGUAGAUUUUAUGUCAUACUGUAGACCUAUGCAUGUUUAUUCCCGUGCCUGGUUGAUUUCAUUACGAAUACCAGUCAGCACUCAAAACUUGAAAUAAUCGUUUGAGAUAUUUAUCUGUCAGGCAAAAUCCUGUAAGAUAUUGUUCAUGUAUAGAAAUUAGCUCAAUAUUUCCAAAUAUCGCGUCAAAUAAAGAGUAAAGAAAAUAAAAUGGAGAUAAUAAUAUCUAUUUAAUACGAGAUAUUUCCACAGUAAGAGAUGAAGGAAAAAGAAAACAGAUCAACAUGCAUAAUAUAUAUAUAUUGCUUUUUAGCUCACCUGAGCACGAAGUGCUCAAGGUGAGCUUUUGUCAUCGCCCUGUGUCCGUCAUCCGUCCGUCGUCAACAAUUUGACUGUUAACACUUUAGAGGUCACAAAUUUGGCCCAAUCUUUAUGAAACUUGGUCAGAAUGUUACCCUCAAUAAAAUCUUGGACGAGUUCGAUAUUGGGUCAUCUGGGCUCAAAAACUAGAUCACCAGGUCAAAUCAAAGGAAAAGCUUGGUCAGAAUGUUAAUCUUGAUGAUCUUUAGGUCAAGUUAAAAUCUGGGUCAGGUGGGGUCAAAAACUAGACCACCAGGUCAAAUCAAAGAAAAAGGUAGUUAACACUAGAGGCCACAUUCAUGACCAUAUCUUAAUGAAACUUGCUCAGAGUGUUAACUUUGAUAAGUUUAAAUCUGGGUCAGGUUGGGUCAAAAACUAGGUCACCAGGUCAAAUCAAAUGUAAAGCUUUUUAAAACUCUAGAGGCCACAUUUAUGAUUAUAUCUCUAUGAAACUUGGUCAGAAUGUUAAUCUUGAUGAUCUUUAGGUCAAGUUCAAAUUUAGGUCAAGUGGAGUCAGAAACUAGGUCACCAGGUCAAAUCAAAGGAAAAGUUAGUUAACACUCUAGAGGCCACAUUUAUGAUAAUAUCUCUAUGAAACUUGGUCAGAAUGUUUAUCUUGAUGAUCUUUAAGUCAAGUUCAAAUCUAGGUCAAGUGGAUUCAGAAACUAGAUCACCAGGUCAAAUCAAAGGAAAAGCUUGUUAACACUCUGGAGGCCACAUUUAUGACCAUACCUUAACGAAACUUGGUCAGAAUGUUAAUCUUGAUGAUCUUAAGGUCAAGUUCAAAUCUCGGUCAGGUGGGGUCAAAAACUAGGUCACCAGGUCAGAUCAAAGGAAAAGCUUGUUAACACUCUAUAGGCCACAUUUAUGACUGUAUCUUCAUGAAACUUAGUCAGAAUGUUAAUCUUUAUGAUCUUUAGGUCAGUUUGAAUCUGGGUCAUGUGGAAUGUGACCUACUGACCUACUUUUUUGUUUUUUAAGAUACAGCCUUGAAAUUUGGAUGACAUGUACAGUUUUGCAUGCUGAUCUUAAAACUGACUUUGGUGACCAUGAAUGUGACCUACUGACCUACUUUCUUCAGGUGAGUGAUACAGGGCCUUCAGGGCUCUCUUGUUAUUUUUAAAAAAGACUUAAUACAUAUGCAAACUUUAUUAAGUAAUAUUUUUAAAGAAAAAACAUGUAUAUAUAGUCCCGGGCAGAACUGUUUGAUACAACGGUCAUGUUCAGGCCUUUCCGUAUUUCAUCAGAAAUUGGUGUUUCAGAUACUGCCAAUUGGUUAUUUUAGUGCUGCUGAUACUGCGCUAAUACAAGUUUGCGCUAAUAAGUCGAAACUACUCAAUUUAAGGCGUUUGCGCUAAAAUUUAGCUGUGCUAAUAUAAGUACACUUACAGUAUCAAAACAUUGUUUUCACUGUUGAAGCAAGAAGUGAAGCCAUGAAAUUAUCAAUGUCAUAAAGGUAUCAAAGGGAAAUGUUAUGGAUGCAGUCAUGCAGACUUGGUUGUUUCUAUGCAGAAAGCAAACUUGUAAACCAGGACCUGGAAAUUGUAAUGAGAAAGCUUUGAAUUUUCAAUGCAGAGAAAUAAGUUGAAGCAUGUAUGUCAGAAUCGGUCAAACUUUUUUAUCAGGUAAAAUCCAUCUUCUUAGGAUACGGGAUGCCCUACUUGCUUGUCAUUGUAUAGCCAUUUGUUACUUGUUGAAAAUACAGGACUAAACAAACUGAAAUUCAUUCCUGGAAAAAUCAGAAUUUAAAAAGUUACAUCGAGAGGAUGAGGCAACUAGUUAAAGUGCUCUUUUCUUAUUACAAAAAUGUAUUAGGACUUAAAUUCUUAUCUUAAAAAAAGGUACAACAGAACCACCACUUUAACUAUUUUUUUCACAGUAAAAUUUUCAUAUUGGUGGGCAAGCAGGGAAAAUAGAUCACAAAAUUUAGUGAUCAUGCCAUUAACCCUCCUGGUCCCAUGUGCAAUUCAAACCUUCAAUUCCUGAUAAGUGUAUUGACACAAUUAAAUGUCUAGUGACUAGACUGAAUAGAAUACCUUCACUUAAACUUUAGGAACUUAAGAAUUUUAUUUUUGUUUUUCAUUAUUUCAAUAUGUAUCGUGUUAUUUCAUCAUUAAUUUUUAUUUGCACAUCUCUGUACCAAAAAAAAGAAAGUAACCAUCUACUGUCGUUUCACCACUGCAUUUUUAUGUCUCCCCCGCCUCUGGGGGAGACAUAUGGUUUUUGCCCUGUCUGUCCGUCCAUCCGUACGUCACACUUCAUUUCCGAUCAAUAACUGGAGAACCAUUUGAUCUAGAACCUUCAAACUUCAUAGGGUUGUAGGGCUGCUGGAGUAGAUGACCCCUAUUGUUUUUGGGGUCACUCCGUCAAAGGUCAAGGUCACAGGGGCCUGAACAUUGAGAACCAUUUCCGAUCAAUAACUCGAGAACCACUUGACCUAGAAUGUUGAAACUAAAUAGGAUGAUUGGACAUGCAGAGUAGAUGACCCCUAUUUAUUUUGGGGUCACUUGAUCAAAGGUCAAGGUCACAGGAGUCUGAACAGUGACUUGAGAACCACAAGGCCAAGAGUGUUGUAACUUAGUGGGAUGACUGGACAUGCCAAGUAGAUGAUCCCUAUUGCAGCCAACCAUCAGUGUCUCUUUGACUUUCCCUCCUGACCCCUAUUGACUUCUUGCCUAUAGGACUUUGCAUUGGGGGAGACAUGCGCUUUUUUACAAAAGCAAUUUCUAGUCUUAUUUCACGUUCAAAUUCUUCGUAUACUUCACCAAUCAUUAUUUGUUAAGAUUUACUUCUGCACUUCUAAUAAACUGGUAAUCUUUUAUAGGCAGCAUAUUUAUAUUCUUUGUUAAUGCAUGUAGGCAGGUAUAUUGAGUGUGAAAAUAAAAAACAAAGUCAAGUAACUUUUUUUUUGUUAUAUUUUGUAUAGCAGAGUGCAAAACAAUUCAAAUGCACAAAAUAAAAAUGAGAAUUGUAUACAAAUAUCAACAUUUUAAAGCAUUUAUUUAAAAAAACAAGAGGGCCAAAAUGGCCCUAGGUCGCUCACCAGAGUAACACACCAUAACAGUGUAAACAUGUUUGACCUAGUGACCCAGUUUUUGACACCACAUGACCCAGUUUCAAAUUCAUCCGAGUUUUCAAGGAGAUAAACAUUCUGACCAAGUUUCAUGAAGAUUGGAGCAAAAAUGUGGCCUCUAGAGUGUAAACAAGAUUUUUCUUCGAUUUGGCCUAGUGACCUAGUUUUUUACCCAACCAGACCCAAUUUUCAAUCCUUCCGAGAUUUCAUGGAGACAAAUAUUCUGACCAAUUUUCAUUAAGAUUGGACCAAAAAUGAGGCCUGGGUGUAAACAAGCAUUUUCUUUCAUUUGAUCUAGUGACCUAGUUUUUGA